AUGGAGCUUAAAGCCCAAAUUAUACCGUCAGCCAGGACAGGAGCUACCUGCUGGUUUGCCCCAAGGGUAGAAGGGGGUAGGCUCUUGGCACCGCCUGGGAACAGAGCUGUAAUAGUAUCCUGGCAGCUUCCUUGGUGCAGACAAAUUAUACAACUGUAUGGCUUUUAUGAUGAAUGUCUGUGGAAAUAUGGCAAUGCCAAUGUCUGGAAGUAUUUCACAGAUCUGUUUGAUUAUCUUCUGCUUACAGCUCUAGUAGAUGGCCACAUAUUCUGUCUCCACGGUGGCCUCUCUCCAUCCAUAGAUACACUGGAUCAUAUCAGGGCUCUGGACCGCCUGCAGGAAGUUCCACAUGAGGGUCCAAUGUGUGAUCUGUUGUGGUCGGAUCCAGAUGAUCGUGGCGGCUGGGGUAUAUCUCCACGUGGUGCCGGCUACACAUUUGGGCAAGACAUUUCUGAAACAUUUAACCAUGCCAAUGGUCUUACACUGGUUUCCCGUGCUCACCAACUUGUCAUGGAGGGUUACAACUGGUGCCACGACCGAAAUGUGGUGACCAUUUUCAGUGCGCCCAAUUACUGCUACCGCUGUGGGAACCAGGCUGCUAUCAUGGAACUAGAUGACACUUUAAAAUAUUCCUUCCUUCAGUUUGACCCAACACCUCGUCGUGGAGAGCCUCAUGUCACCCGUCGUACCCCAGACUACUUCCUAUAAACCUCUCAUAACUUUUUAGAAGGAAGUAUGCCUGGUGUUUUAAAGAGCAACAAUAUUUACUUGUUUCUGUCAGAAAUCGGGGUUCGUCUCUACUUAUAAUCCCCUUCAUGGACCAAAAUGUGCCAUACUGAGGACAAAGAGCGUUCAGCACAACUUGAGACUG